AAAACAAAAGAGACCAACCAGCUAACAAGUUCCAUCGCCAGUAAGUUAUGGGGUUGGUCGUUUACUGGUACGAUUUCAUCUGCUUUGGUAUAGUCUUGGCUGCAAUCGUUGCGUCGUUGUGGUUCCUAUUGCGCAGAGAAAGAGGCUGCGUUGACGUUGAAGAUACGACGCACAAUAGCUUCCUACAGUCUAGAUCAGGAUCAGAGAGCCUUGGUUCGGCUCGGUUACGGACGAGCUGCUGGAGAGGGUUACAUCCUGGCUGGCUUCUCUUCACUCGGUCCAUCUCUUUUCUCUCCAUGGCUGCUUUAUUGGCUUGGGACGUCUUGGAAUGGGACGCAAGCAUCUUCGUCUAUUACACUGAAUGGACCUUCAUGCUUGUAAUGAUCUACUUUGCGAUGGGUAUUGUAGCUUCAUUAUAUGGUUGCUUGGAACAUUACAAAGAGCCAACAUCAGGAGUUUGUGAAGAUGCGGUUGAAAACAAGGUCGGAGAUAAUGAAUUCAGGGAAAGAUUAGGGGUUUAUGGUUGUUUCAUGGAGACAAUUUUUCAGGUAAGUGUCAUCAACACACACCCAAGACUGAUUCACACACGCAUUCAGAGACUAAUUAAUACUGGUGUAUGGUUUGUGUGGCAGACAAGUGCAGGAGCUGUGGUGCUUACAGACGUUGUGUUUUGGCUAGUUAUAGUUCCUUUCCUAUCGAACACCCACCUCGGCUUAAACACGCUGAUGAUUUGCAUGCACACAGCGAAUGCAGGCUUCCUCAUCCUAGACACACUACUAAAUAGCCUCGUAAGCAACUUAAAGUACACAAGAAAAUACAUUUUAAGAAACUGGCCAAAACAGAUGAGUUUUGUUCUUUUUUUUCAGACAUUCCCUUGGUUUCGAAUGGGAUAUUUUGUGAUAUGGAGUUGUCUCUACAUUGUCUUCCAAUGGAUCAUCCACGCAUGUGGUUUAUUAACUUGGUGGCCAUAUCCAUUCCUCGAGCUUGAUAGGCCAUGGGCUCCACUAUGGUACUUAGGCAUGGCAGUAGUUCACAUCCCCUGCUACGGAGUUUAUGCUGCAAUCGUAACAGCCAAGAACUCAUACUUCCCCUAUCUAUUCCCAAAUGCUUUUUGUUACCCCAUGUACUAAUCUAUGCUACUCUUUAUUGUUUUGAACGUAUGAUUCGCAUCAACUUAGCAAAGCAUAAACGAAUAAACCAAAGCAUAAUAUCCUCAAAAGAUGUUUAACAAAAGAUCCAAAAAGAAACUUCAAAAGCAAUAUUCAAAGAAAGAGAGAGAGCUAAACGAUAAACGAGAGAUCAUGCUUCGCCACCUUCCUUCUGGUAAACGUAGGUUAGACCACACUUACCACAGUAGUGACGAUCGAAAUGGCUAGCCAUGAACGUCCCUGCACCACACGUCGCGUUAGGGCACUCCUUCCUCAGACGCUGGACCUUGCCGGAGCCAUCCACCUUGUAGAACUGGAGCACGGCGAGCU